GAAAUGUACAUAUAAGAAGUAAAUACCUUUUAGGUGUUUUCGGAUACGUGAAAUUCUGGUUUUAUAAUGUUGCUCCCGAAAUUAGGGUUUUAGGGUUAAUUUUAAAUAAUUAAUCCUGAAAGUCUAGGGUAACCGAAGAUCGUAAAUGGAAACACUAUUUUCAAGUUCCAUCAAAAAUAAUAUCACGGUGAAAUAGACUGUGGUGUUUGUUUAUAUUUUAUCUACUCAGUAGGUAUUCUUUGUCACAAACCAAAAAAAUUAAAAGGUACAAUGACAGACAUAGAGGAGAAAGUUAUAAUGACACCAAAAUGUAAAACAGCGAAUUCCACAACCUUGGUGGUGGAGAGAAAGGCCGUGGAACCAGAGGCAAGUGACAAGAUACAUGUUGCUGGUGGUGAUCACACUGGUAUAAUAAUUAACAAAGAAAAAGUUUAUGAGAAUGGAGUCACAGAGCCUUGCCAUGCUCAGUUAGAAUUUUAUGUAUAUUUAGUAUCAGGAACCACAGGCACUCACACAAGAGAGGCACGUGCAUUACGCUUCUGGUUUAAACCACAAAUGCCACCAAGUGAACGCCCUUAUGAAGCCCAGGCCUUCUUCCGAGAGCUUGUGAGCCCGCAAGAUUUUCCUAAAGAUUAUGUGGGUUUUAUAAAGAAAAUAAUGAAACUAAUGCAGCAUAAAUAUUAUCAGUUAAAAUUAUUAGAAGUUGAACUAAGACAAGAAGGCUGUGGCCCUCCACCUCCAGAAGCCAACGGCGUUAUAACCAGUAAAAGUGUUAUAUACAACUAUUCUAAUGGGUCUUAUAUUGAAGACAGUAUUGUUAAUCAGACACCAGUGAUAUCAGAACAACGAGUAUUGGACAUGAUAGAAAACGCUUAUCCAAAUGCGUUAACCGUUGAAGAUUUUGUCAGCGCAGGAAAAUGGUCUAAGGCGGAAGUGAAAGAUGCAUUAGAAGCGUUGGAAGAGAAGGGUCUGACUCGCACUAUGUCAGAAGGCCUCUAUAUUCGUCAGCAUAGUAUUGAUACCCAGGUGGUGAAACAAAUGCCAACACUGUGUUCAUCACGGCAACCUAGUAUAGCUGUGAUAACAGCUUUGUAUUGCGAGAAGCAAGCUGUUGACGCCAUGAUGGACAAUCAAGAGACGUACGUGCGGUACACGACAGUUGGAGAGUCCAAUGUCUAUACGUUGGGUACAAUCGGAGCUCACCGAGUGGUCACAACGAAACUUCCGUCUGUGGGUCGGACGCGGGAGGCGAUGACGGCUGCUGGUAACACAACUACCAGGCUCCUUGGGAUUUUCCAAAAGGUGGAGUACGUGUUCCUGGUGGGCGUGGGCGGCGGCGUGCCUCACUACACAGACUAUGCGAAACACGUGCGUCUCGGCGACGUCGUCGUCUCUACUCCGGCGCCCGAUUUACCAGACAAAUACGUGUACGUUUUCUGCGAGAAAGCUGAGAAAAACAGCAAGGGCGGAUGGGACUAUGAGGUGAAACCUUACAAGCCUGCAAACUUCCUCCUUCAAGAGAUCGCUAUCCGUUUAGCUAACACUAAAGCGCACUGGGAUUCAUAUGUUGAAGAAGGGCUGCGGCGCCUGCGCGGCGUGCCGGGGCGGUGGGAGGCGCCGGCCAGCGGCACGGACCGGCUGUGCGUGGACGUCGGCCACGGCGCCUACAUCGAGGUGUCGCACCCCGCGCCGCAGCCCGACCAACUCGACGCGGCGGGCGCGCUGCGCGUGCACUGCGCGCCGGUGGCGGGGGGGCGCGCGGUGGCGGGCGCGGGGGACGCGCGCGCCGCCUUCGCCGCGCAGCGCGCACGCGCCUACGACUGCGAGCUGGACGCCGUGCUCGACAGCGUCGUCGGCAACCGGAAGGACUGCUUCCUCUCCGUCAGAGGUAUUUCUGACUACCGUGACGGUACCCGCGGUAAGGAAUGGCAGCCCCGGGCCGCGCUCUGUGCCGCUGCUGUCAUGAAGGCUAUUGUCGCCGCCAUGGAUCCGCCAACUGACUAAGCAUCUCAAUGAAUGCCAUCAUUCAAUAUAUUACAUUGGACGUAGAUCGCGGACACGUAGCAUUAUAUCUGUAACUCAAUGCUGCUGUGGUCUGAUUAAUUGCCAUUUAUAUUUAAUCCAUAUUACCGUGUUUGGGCCUUAAAUAGUACACUUUUAGUAUUUAUUGUAAAAAUGUUCUUUGUUAAAAUAACGCAAUAUAGAAAUCCAACUUGGAAUGUGAUGAGUUUAAAAUAGCUCAUUAUAUUAUUUAUUUGACACAGGAAUACUAAUACACUACUUAGCACUCAAAUUACAGAAAAUCGGAUUUUUUGUUGAUUUUUUUUUAUUAAGUCAAAAAGAAAGUAAUGCAAAAAUUCAGAAUAAUUUUUGAAAUCUUGCAUUACGAGAUGUAUGUGUGUCCAAUAAAUGUGUGUAAUUUAAGUAAUUCAAGUAACAUAUCCGGAUAUUAACAAUAAAAAAAAGCCUUAUUCACAUUGAACAUUUUUAGCGUAGUUACUUUGAAAUAUAAUAAAUGAUUUACAGGUUUACUUGCCUUAAAUAUGUGUUAUUAACAAUUAGAGAAAAGUUUAAUCUCGACUGAGAAUUAUUUACAAAAUAUAUAGAGUAGUAAAGUAGAUAUAAUCUUAUUUGUGAUAUAGCCUAGAGGUUUCCGAAAAAUAUUUUCCAUAAUAGUCAUGUCUGAUCAUAUUAUGGUAAAUCCAUUUUGUUAUAAUAUAGUAGACGAAGUGUCAAAUAAACGGGCUCAAACUAUCUUCCCGCUUGGAGGCCAAAUAACAUACUAACAUACAAGUGCUUCACAUUAUAUAACUCCAUUGAAGUGUUCACAUAUAUUAAUAUAAUAGUCCUCCAAUAAUGGUUAAACACAAUAUAUUCAUAUUUACAUGUACCGUUAGAUAGUAAAAUAAAGUACACUUGUUGCACAGUAAUUGUUAUAUUACGCCAGAGCUUAGAAUGUACCUUAGUCACUAGAUUAACAUAUUUAUUUAUACCAUACUAACUCACUGCCAUAAAUGGCCUAAACAUUAAAUUAUUAAUAAAUAUAUUGGGUGAAGUUGUUAAUACUGCUGUGAAUUAAAUUAAAAACCAAAGUUUAGACUGUGGGCUGUUUUCAACACCACGUCUAGUCGCCUAAAAGUAACACAUUGUUAAAAUAUUUAUUUAUCGCCGGUGUUGUAAAAUCAUGAUAAUAGAUUUAUAAAUCUUUAUAAUAAUUAUACACAAUCAUAAUAUUAUCUAGAUGCAUAUUUAUUAUUUACUCAAUUAUUAACACUAGGUUGUAAUAGAAACCUUUUAAAUGUACCUAUUUGCUAAACAACUAUUGGUAGCUAGACAUAUUUUAACGUGCAUUUAAGUUUGUCACAAUUUUGUUUAAUUUAAAAUCUUUAUAAAUAUUUGUAUAUCUGUGAAUGUAAGUUACAAGUAUAAAUUUUGUUUACAUAUUCUUGACUUUAGCACAAAUAAAUAAUUAUUAAAAAA